UUGGUACGUCUCGUUACAGAGGGCGAUUUUUGUGGUCGCAAGGUUAACAUGAAGAAGCUACUGGCAAAGCUGAAAAGGUCGCAAGACCUGUAUAGGCAGGGCCCGUUUUCCUUGGCCGCGGUGGCGAAGCCGGACGUUGCCCUACUUGUUUUCUGCGGUGCAAGUAACGACGUCGUGGGCAGUCGCGAAAGCGCCAUGCACGUGGAUCGCGGGCGCACGGUGGCGUUCAUGCCUCCAUGUCUGGAGCAGACAUUUAAAAUCUUGGUGUUUUUUCGGGUCCCCAAACAUGCGCGGAAUCUACGCGCAAAAAAAACGGCAGAUUCCUAUAACAAGAUGCUGGAGGACCCACACACUUGUGUGAUCGGCCAACGUCCUGGAGAUGUGGUUUACGCUACUAACCAAGUGUAUCAUGCGGUGUUAUUGGGCUACAAGAAAGGCUAUACGAAAGAUGAUGAUAAGUGGGGAAUUAUCGGCGGAAACAUCGUAUUGAAAGCUGAAGAUCACGGGGCUGCAUUACGGUACGUAUCGGGAUCGACAAUUGGGGUUUCCAAGGGCUCGAGAGUGGCGUGGUUAAGAGUUCUAUCGGCUUUUACGCAUAUGGAGGGACGCGGAUGGAGUGAGGAGAAUUUUGAGGAGGAGAAGCAGCGAUUUCUU